AUGCAAGGCUUCAACAUGGGGCGGUACUACGCGCCAUCCACGAGCGCCGCCCCCACCUUCAACAACACGUCAUCUUCCCACCCACUCGGGGCGCGCGCGCGCAAGCUGCGCAGCUCAGGCGCGCUCGUGGUGCGCUUCGAGAUGCCGUUCGCGGUGUGGUGCGACGGGUGCGGGCCGGCGCCGGCGCUCAUCGGGCAGGGGGUGCGGUUCAACGCGGAGAAGCGGCGGGUGGGCGCGCACCACUCGACGCCCGUGUGGGAGUUUGCGAUGCGGCACGCGGCGUGCGGGGGCAGCAUCGUGGUGCGGACGGACCCGGCGAGGGCGGAGUACGUGGUGGUCAGUGGGGGGAGGAGGAGGGAUUAUGGGGGUGGGGAUAAGGGUGGGAAGAAUGGGGGUGAGGAGGCGGAGGGGGAGUAUUACGAGGGGUUGUUGGGGGAGGGGGGUGGCGGUGGGAGGGGGGAGAUUCUGGCGCCGGAGGAGGUGGCGAGGAGGAAGGGCGAUGCGAUGGCGGCGCUGGAGGGGCGCAAGGGGGAGAAGGAGAAGAAGGCGUGGGAGGAGAGUCGCGUCGAGGAGCUGAGGCGGAUGCGGGAAAAGGACUGGGCGGAUCCGUACGCGGCGAACAAGAAGCUGCGCAAGCCGUUUCGGGAGAUGCGGAAGGAGCGGGAGAAGGAGGAGGGCGUGAAGGAGGAGCUGCAGGAGCGGUUCGGGCUCGGGCUGGAGAUUGUCGACGAGAGAGAGGAGGACCGGAGGAGGGCGAAGCUGAUCGACUUUGGCGAUGGUGACGCGAGGGACGAUGGGGAUGUUGACGCUGCCGCCCUGAAGGCUGCAUCGAGGCCGCUGUUCGGAGAGGAGGCGCCGAGUAACGCUUUGCCGACACAGAAGACGAAGGGCAAGACGAAGGCUCAGCGGGCCGCCGAGUUGAGCAGGCAGACGCUUCAGCAGAAGCUCAAGGGCAAUACCAGAGCCGCAAUGGACCCCUUCUCGGCGGAGAAGACUCGCAUCGGGCCACCCACCAUUGCUGGCAUCAAGAGGAAGCGCGCAGUCACUACCGGGGAUCUCACAGACAGCGCCAGCCGCGAUACAACUCCAGAAUCGCCGUUCCGACCAAACAAGGCCCCAUCUGAAAGGAAGACUUUGGCAUUAGUGGAUUAUGGCUCGGAUGAUGAGUGA